AUGCCAUCUUUGUCCAACGAUAGCUACCCCACGGCCACGGCAACAACAACGGCAACGGCCACACAUCCCCGCUCGUUCGACUCCCCUCAUCAUAAGGCCUACGAGAAGAACUCCGUCGGAAACACUUUCCUGUGGACAAAUUGGCCCAACGGCAACGGCAACGGUAACGGUGCCAUCAUCGGCAACGGCAACAUCAACAUCAACGGGGACGCGAACCACAACGCUGUUCAGAAUGACCGUCUUCUAAAUUUGGAUGGAAGCGCAUACUCUCUGAAUGGCCCACAAUCGAGUAUCGAUUCUUAUACGCGCGAUCUGCCCUCCAAGGACGGCAGCAUGCACUCUUUAGGGAACGGGUCGGUUAGAGAGCCCCGAGACGCUAGCCGGCCGACCGCCAUGUUAGAUCGGAAGUCAUCGGACGCUGGACCUGGAGCAGGCUCCAUGACAACGUCCACGGCUAGCCAGCAAAUGAACGGUACCGCCUUCAAUGAACCAGUUGUCUCGGAUCAGGCUGCUAGUCCUUCCACUUCUUUAUUACAGAUUCCACAACAAGACGACCCAGGUCGUCACUCACCCGACCCGGAACGAUUGGCCCCCAGACCCAGCCAGCACCGGUACUCAUCCCCUCCUGCCCCCACGACCGAUGCCACCUCAAUGCCCGAUUCUCAGCCGUCCAGUGUCCGACAGCGACACUCGCUACAAGUUCCGAGAGCGCCCAGUGUUCGACGGAAUAGCCGAGACCAAAAUGAUGACAUUGCCUAUAGCAGUGGUCGACUUUCACCAACCACUGCUAGCGGUCGGCGCACUUCAUUCAGUUUGAUUCGGCGGGGAACAAAAGCAAGCAUAUCGGACGUGCCGCAGGACGAAGCACACCCCGAUGACGAGGCAGCACGCUGGGCGGAAGCAAUCAAACAGAGACGCGCAUCACGUCGACGGCGCGAGGAUGACGACGAUGACCGGGUUAUCGUGGGCACCAAGGUCGACCAGAACCACGUCAACUAUGUUACCGCAUACAACAUGUUGACCGGCAUUCGUUUCACGGUGUCGCGAAUCCACGCGAAGAUGGACCGGGAGCUCACCCCGGCCGACUUCGAUGCCAAGCAUAAGUUUUCCUUUGAUAUGACUAUGCGCCUUGGGUUUUUCCGACAUCUUCGCGCCAAGUUCCGACUCGAUCCUGCCGAUUACCUGAUGUCCCUUACCAGCAAAUACAUACUGUCUGAAUUGGGCUCGCCCGGUAAAAGUGGCAGCUUCUUCUACUUCUCGCGCGACUACAAGUACAUUAUCAAGACCAUUCACCACGCCGAGCACAAACUCCUUCGAAAAAUUUUGCCCGAAUAUUACCGGCACGUCGAAAACAAUCCGAAUACUUUGAUCUCGCAAUUUUAUGGAUUACAUCGGGUGAAGAUGGCGUACGGCCGGAAGAUUCACUUUGUGGUGAUGAACAACCUAUUCCCGCCUCACCGUGAUAUCCACCAGACAUUCGACCUGAAGGGCUCAACCAUCGGAAGAGAUCUGCAGGAAUCAGAUCUCGAGCGCAACCCGCGGGCGACCAUGAAAGAUUUAAACUGGGUUCGGAGAAACCGUCACCUGCAGUGUGGUCCAUUGAAGCGCGACUUCUUCAUUGAACAGCUGAAAAGAGAUGUCGAAUUGCUCAAGAAGCUCAAAAUCAUGGAUUACUCCCUCCUGGUCGGAAUACACGAUACAGAGCGCGGCAAUGAAGAGAAAUUGCGCGACAAGACUCUGCAAGUCUUCCAGCCUGGGGGUAAUCGCGAAGAGGAAGCGAGUCCGAAUAUGCUUAUGCGCACCCCGUCCAAGCUGGAAAAUGAGCGCAAGGCUCGGGAGCUCCGCAUGUUGAUCAAGCGCGAGCGACCUGUGCCUUUAGAUAAAGCCGCGUCCAAGAUGCCGGACAAGAUUCUUGACGAACGAAAGUUCCACGUCUUUUAUGCGGACGAUGGUGGUUUCCGAGCUACCCAUGAGAAUGGGCAACCUGGUGAAGAGAUCUACUACCUUGGGAUCAUCGAUUGUCUCACUCACUAUGGAAUGGUCAAAAAGAUGGAGCACUUCUUCAAAGGUCUCUCUCACGAUCGCACCCAGAUCUCGCCGAUCCCACCAGAGGGUUACGGUGAUCGAUUCAUCAACUUUGUCAAAGGCAUCACCAUGUCUGAGGAGGAAGCUGAGCAACGACGUGAAUCAAAGGCUUCCGUGCGCCAAUCGUCGGGAGAGAAGAGACCAUCGUCAAGAUCGUCCUCCGUCGAACGAACUAUGCAAGAGGCGGAGAAGGAAGCUGCGAAGGAUGUAUCCCUCACACACCCUCGAACCCUCGCAACCGUAUGGGACCCCAACGAUGCUGGCGGCCCCGGCCCGACCUCGACACUUCCCAUAGUGGACGAGGCGGGUGAAGCUAGCAGCGUCGGAGGCCAAAGUUCACACAGCCGUCACCGUCCCACCGACAAGGAGCUUCCUCCCGUUCCUUCCGACGACCGCCCUGCGCCUCCCAGUAAAGACAUUAAAGGCAAAGAUGUUGACCGCGGAGAUGCCUCGGCCCCGAGCUCAUGGAGGCAAUAA